AUGCAACUAUCGCCGAGAGAAGAAUUCAUCCCAAACUGCACCGAGCUGUAUUUGCCGGACAAUCAAAUGCACUUUCUUCAAACCGUCUUCCAGUACUUGUGCAACUCAACCUUAGAACAGCAGAACUUCUCCCGGACCUCCACUAACGAACAGAACCGUGUCAUGACGAGAGGAGAGUUCCUGCUUCAGAAUUUGGGCCCCAGGAGAUGGAACUUCUUCAUACCGGCUUGUGUUACCUACCUCUGCAUCUUUCUGGUGGGUUCCGUUGGAAAUGCAUUAACGUGCUUCGUUAUCGCGAAGCACAAGAUUAUGCGAACACCAACCAAUUAUUAUUUAUUCAGUUUGGCGAUUUCGGAUCUCCUGGUCCUAAUCGUGGGCAUGCCUUUGGAGAUUUAUGAAAUGUGGAGGAACUACCCGUUCCUCUUCGGUCAGGUGGGAUGCUACUUCAAAACGUUCCUUUUCGAGACUGUUUGCUUUGCCUCUGUACUUAACGUGACGGCGCUCAGUGCCGAGAGGUAUAUUGCGGUGGUUCAUCCCUUUAAAGCGAAAUACAUUGUUACCAGAACUCAUGUGAAACGUGUUAUUAUAGCGCUUUGGGUUCUCUCGGUUUGUUUGGCCGUUCCCAACACUAGCCUGCACGGCAUUCAGUAUCUGAAGACACCGUCUGGCGAACUCAUUGAGGAAUCCGCACUGUGCAUGUUGCUAAAGCCUAUUUGGGUGUAUAAUGUCAUCAUUCAGAUCACCACCGUGCUUUUUUACUUCAUCCCGAUGAUCACCCUGAGUGUACUGUAUUUGCUAAUCGGUCUGCAGCUAAGGCGAGAGAAAGCAUUCUCCGGGGUCAAGCCCUCCUCGACAAAUGGCAAUAACCAGACCGGCCGGAACCGACAGGAGAAGGCAAAGAAUCGUCAAAUCACCAAAAUGCUGUUUAUUCUGGUAAUUGUGUUUGGAAUCUGCUGGGCGCCCUUUCACACAGAUCGAUUAAUGUGGAUCCAGAUUGCGUACAAGAAUGGACAAAUGCUCAUAUUGUAUCAGAUUGUACAUGUUAUCUCUGGAGUGCUUUUCUAUUUUAGCUCUGCUGUCAAUCCAAUCCUCUAUAAUCUCAUGUCCACCAGAUUCAGAGAGAUGUUUAAAGAAGUGGUAUGCAAGCGCAAAUCCCAAAGUUACAAACCCACACAAUAUUCAACAAGUGUAAACAGAAUGACAUCCCAUAGCACAGUGCUGGAGUCCAGUUCCUGCAAUGGAAUCCCAUUGUCUGAAAUUGAGGACUGAGCCAUCUAAUGAAUGCAGAAAUGUAGAUAAAGGUUAAACUUCCGUGUUUUCAUUUGUAGCUUCUCAAAGAUGUUCUUGUAUGUUGUGUGGAAUAAAAUUAAUUUGCAUGGUGUACAGUGAUAAUGUUGUCAUAUUCACUGCUAAUUUGUAUUUCUAGGUUUUCUCUCCUUAGACCUCUCUUCUCCAAAUGGUCUUCUCUCUUUAACUGGAAAGAAUUUAUCUGUAUAUUUAGCUUUUAUUCGAAGCUGCAGAUCUUGUGGUAAGAUGUUGCUCAGGUCUUUGGCAGCUUCCCAGCUCACUGUUCCUUAGGACUGGUGAUUUUGGGACCAAAAACAUUACAGACAGGAUAAGGAUGCCUGAAUUUAGCCUUGUUGCCUUGUUGCCUUGUUGCCUUGUUGCCUUGUUGUUUCCUCAGUGUUAUAGAGCCUUGAAUACUCCAGCUUUUUGCUGCUAUUGCUUUUCUAGCUAAUGGUGACGCUAUUACAGCUUGGGGUGUCAGAGUUCAGAGUUCAUUUCUGGCAUCCUCUGUAAAGAGUUUGUACGUAAUCUCAGUGAAAUGCGUGGCUUUCCUCUGGCUGCUCCGGUUUCCUCCCAUAGUUCAAAGACGUACCCGUUAGUAGGUUAAUUGAUCAUUGUAAAUUGUCCCGUGAUUGUUGUUGUUGUUCCUUUCCAUCCCU